CUUUUCUUGUCCUUGUGCCUUAAAUAUGUCUUCUUACAGGGUGACCAAAUUGUCAUCUACGUCAAGACAUUUCAAUAAGAGGAGAGGACCAAGGUGGCUUCCUAUGACAGCCCAGAAGAUAUAAACAAGAUGGAAGAAGAACAGAAUUCUGAGUCAGAAUUUGGACCCCAGGAUUCCAGAACCACACACCAGCAUGAGAUUUCCUUACCCUCCCAUUCCUGGUCCUUGGAGAUGUUGUUACGCAAAUUGAAGGCCAUAGAGCUCAAGAGGGACGACAAGCUGGCCAGUGUUCUGGAUGCUGUGGGGGAGUUCGGCACAUUCCAGUGGAGGCUGAUGGCCAUCACCUUCAUCCCCUACAUCCUGCUAUCCUUCUUCAUGUUCUCAGACAGCUUCGUGCUCACUGCCCAGAAACCCUACUGUAACACCAGCUGGAUCCUGAAAGUGGGUCCCAACCUCUCAGUGGCUGAGCAGCUCAACCUGACCUUGCCCCGAGCACCCAAUGGCAGUUUCAUGACCUGCCUCAUGUAUAUACCAGUGCCGUGGGAUCUCGAUUCCAUUAUCCAUUUUGGCCUCAAUUAUACAGAAACAUGCAGACAUGGAUGGAUCUACCCUUAUGCUGAGAAGCGCUCCCUGAUCAAUGAGUUUGACCUGGUGUGUGGCAAUGAACCAAACAAGGAGAACAUGCAGACUGUGUUUCUGGCGGGCAUCUUGACAGGGUCUCUCUUUUUCGGCUUCUUAAGUGACACGAUAGGCCGCUAUCCAGUCUUCCUGAUGUCAAUGGCGGGGCUCCUCUUCUUCGGCUUCGGAACAGCCUUUGUGAAGUCUUUUAACCAGUAUCUGUUCUUCCGCUUCACUGCAGCCCAGGCAUCUGUGGGCUACGUCAUCAGCUGUGUGACUUUAGUCAUGGAGUGGCUGGUGGGCGAGCACCGGGCCCAUGCGAUCAUCCUGCAGCAUUCCUUCCUCGCCUUUGGGAUCAUUUUCCUGUCGGGAGUUGCCACCAAGGUUUUCCACUGGAGGCUCGUGUUCUUGCUGGCUGGGGCUCCCUUGUUUCCCAUCGUCUCUAAUAUCUGGGUUGUCCGAGAAUCCCCACGGUGGCUGAUGGUCAAAGGGAAGGUGGACGAGGCCAAAAAGGUUCUGUGUUAUGCAGCUGAGGUGAACAAGAAGACCAUCCCUUUAAGUCUACUGAACGAGCUGCAGCUACCGGCAAAGAAGGUGAAGAAGGUCUCUAUCCUGGACUUCUAUAGCAAUCAGCACCUUUUCAAGGUGGUCUUGACCAUGGCCUGUGUGUGGUUUUCCAUCAGUUACGUCUAUUUCACACUGAACCUCAAGCUGAAGGAUUGUAGGAUAGAGACCUACCUCAGACAAAUAAUCCCAGGCAUUCUAGAGGUGCCAGCCCACCUGUCUUGCAUCAUUCUACUGGAGAAUUUGGGGAGAAAAUGUGGCCUGUUCGUGAGCCUCAUUCUGGCUACCAUCUCGUGUUUAUUCCUCCUUUUCCUCCCUCAAGAGCUGAAGUCGACGAUAAUCUUGAUGCUCGUUCUUGGACAGUUUAACGUGGCAGCCAGUAUGACUGUGUUCUUCAUCUACACCGGUGAGCUCCUCCCCACUGUCCUCAGGUCUACAGGUCUGGGAAUGGUGACUCUAGCCUUCUCAGUUGGAGGCAUCACAGCUCUGGCCGUCUACAACCAUAUCAAAACACAGUUGCCUGUCUUCUUCUGCUGUCUCUCUUGCGUUGUGGCCUUGUGUUUCUCCUCCUUGGUGCCAGAAACAGGAAACCAGCCUUUUCGUGAUAGCAUAGAGUACAAUUCAAGAGAGUCUAUUGACUCCAAGAGGAAAAGCCAGGAGGUCACUGCAAUGAUGCUCUCUGAAGAGUCAAUGUCUUACAUUGCUGUUGACGAAGUGGAAAAAAAUACCUUUCUCAAUGCCGUGCCGCUAAAACCAGAAGCAAGCUGGUUCUCCUACACAUACUUGAAGGAACCUAGCAAUGUGGUUGAUAAAGUGGCAAAGAAUACCUUUCUCAGCGCCAUGCCACUAAAAUCAGAAGCAAGAGGGUUCUCCCACACAGACUUGAAGGAACCCAGAAACGCGGUUGAUGAAGUGGCAAAGAAUACCUUUCUCACCGCCACGCCACUCAAAUCAAAAGCAAGCGGGUUCUCCCACAUAGACUUGAAGGAACCCAGAAACGCGGUUGAUGAAGUGGCAAAGAAUACCUUUCUCACCGCCACGCCACUAAAAUCAAAAGCAAGAGGGUUCUCACACACAGACUUGAAGGAACCCAGAAACGCGGUUGAUGAAGUGGCAAAGAAUACCUUUCUCAAUACCAUACCGCUAAAAUCAGAAGCAAGUGGGUUCUCCGACACAAACUUGAAGGAGCUCAGCAAUGGGGAAGAACCCAGUCCAGAUCCCUGAGGGCCAGGUUCCCCAGAACAUCGUGGAGUAGAGUUUACUGCCUGGUUUGAGGGACAUGGAUUCAGACUCUCAAAUUCUAGGUCUAAUCUGGCUUGUAGACAGAAUCUGUCCUUCUAGAAGGCCAGCCCUCAGGAGCUAAAAAUAGCCCCUUGUAUAGGAGGAGUUAAGUUGUGUUUCAUCCAAUAAAAUAUCAUGUUAGUCUUGAGAUGGUUAGGUCACCGUCACGACAACCUAGAGGAUACAGCCUACACAGGUAUGGGGUGGUGGUUAGAUAUGCAACCAAGGCUUUUCAGGAUCUUUGGCUAAAUCCUCAGGGACAGCAAAUAAUUCUCUGGAUGGAGUGGGUAUGGGGUGAACAAUCUCUCUGCAGUCCAGAGCAAGAACAAG